GUUAAUUUAUUUGUUUUAAACAAUGACGUUUUAAAUUUAUAUUUUUUAUUUUACCAUUUAAAGAUUUGUUAAUAAAUAUUAGCAGUUAAAGACAAACUAAAUGGAACAUUUUCAUCCAGUAGAGCAGUUUUAUGGUGUUUAUUUAUUGUAUUGCUUAAAUCCUAAAUAUACUGGACGAGUUUACAUUGGUUACACAGUUGAUCCCAAUCGUAGAAUAAAGCAGCACAACAAAGGAAAGAAAUUUGGAGGUGCUUGGAAAACUAGUAGUAAAGGCCCUUGGACUAUGGUAAUGAUUAUCCAUGGGUUCCCAAACGAUAUAUCAGCCUUAAGAUUCGAAUGGGCAUGGCAGCAUCCACAUGUAUCAAGAAGGCUUCAUGGUGUAACAAAGAAAAAACCUAGAGAAAAAGUUUAUGAUUUUCACUUAAGAGUUCUAGCAGAGAUGUUGCAAGUUGGCCCUUGGAACAGACUACCAUUAACAAUACGUUGGUUAAAUGAUGAGUUUGUUCGAGAUUUUCCUAAUAAUAAAUGCCCGCCUCUGCAUAUGCCAAUUUGUUAUGGUCCUGUGAUUAGUAAAAAAACAACAAAAUCUGCAGAAAAGUUAUAUCAUUCUCAGUCAUUUGAUGACAGUAUAUGUUACAGUUGUUCCGCGUUCAUUGAGCCAUCUAAAAGAAUGACAUGUUUGAGUAGUUCAUGUGAUUUAAUUUGCCAUAUCAACUGUAUGGCGAAGUUUUUUUUGUCUAAAGGAGAAUAUGUACCUAUCGAAGGAACAUGUCCAAAGUGUAAAAGUCAGUUUUUGUGGGGUGAUGUAGUCAGAAAGUUUAAAGGUUGUUAUAACAAUGAAGAUGUUCAAAUUAAUAUUGAAGAAGGGAAUGAUUUUUAUGGUUCUGAUGAAGAAGACUGAUUGUUUUAAGAUUUUAUUUUUAUUU